AUGGCAUACCGUCAACAAAGGAGCGCCGACCAACUCAAUCAGCAAAGAGAACCAGCGGAGUUCUUCUGCGUCAAUGAAAAGGUUUACGUCAAAACAACGCGAGGAGAAGCCGAAUCAUGGCAGGAGGAAAUCAUAGAACAAGUCGCCAGCCCCGCUACGUACCUCGUAAGAGUAAAAGACAACGUGCGAUUCACCCAUUCUGACCACUUGCAGAAACGAUGGUGUAUUGCACCGAGACCACCUUUUACAUCAGGUCAACACGUUACAGCGAUCCCGGACAGCCGACCCGAUGAUCAACGCAACCCCUGGAAGCACAGCCAGCCAACAGAGGCCAGUUGUGCAGGUGAAGAGGUGCACGACCGUGCCCUAUCAUCAGCACAAGAACCUCAACUUCUUAACCAGGGAUCACCGUACUCCGAUAGCCAAGCCGAAGGCAAGAAGAAGUCAUCACUAGCAACCUCAUCUAAUGGCGUUGCAGACUUCGUUGGUUUCAGACGGCUCCAGGCAACGCCGGAAAAGCGACGUCCACCGCCGCAAGGGUUCAAGGUGAAGCACCGGCACCGCGGCGAAGCAACCGCAACCGGCGACCUCCCGACAACUACCAACCAAGCCGAUGAUUACAGAGCGAAGGCCAAGGUGACUGCGACCGCCGGACCUGUGCUGUACGGCGCAACGAAGAGCUCAGCAAAGCGACCAACCGUGGUAUAUAGUCAGUGGGUCCACAAUGGGCAGGCCUCUUCGUACCAGACGACCACCGUUGAAAGAAAGACCGAGCACAAGAAGACAGCCACCUGGCACGUUGAAAAUGGUUUCGGUUAUUCCGGCUCCGUGACAGCCAGUGCCCAUUCGUUUAUUGUGAACAUUGAAACCAAGCACCAAAUAAGCUUAGACUUGAAAAAGGGAUCUCGUGAAGAAGUCUCUGACACCGAGACAUUCUCCGUAAAUCAGGUCGUCAAAGUGCCUCCGAUGAAGUCCGUCAAGAUUGACUGGAUCAUCACAGAUGCCGUGCAGGAAGUUCCUUGGACAUCGACAGUGACCGUAACCGGACAUUUCGCUAUCAAGUUCACGGAGAAACUCGGAGGUUCUUUCGUGUGGUAUUACAACCUCCCGUAUCUCAAAGAUCCCCGUAUUAAGUUUACAGGAAUGGAGACGCUCCUAUACACUGCUAAAGGAACGUUUACUGCAGUCCAGGGACACGAGGCUCACCUUCGCGUCACAGAGCACGAUUAUCAGGCGUACGGAGGAAGAUCUUCUGCAGUCAGGACAUACAUCAUUCCUUUGAGCCUGACACCGCAUACGCCUGCGGCGAAGACUCUGUGAUACUUCAAAUCUUUUUCAUCGGAGAAAAAUAAAUAAUCUUAUUAGGGAG